CCUUAAGAAUAUCGGCUGGCCAAACUAGAACCUGCACUCAGUCUCACCGUCUCCAAUACAACCUUCCCUUGAAAUGUACUCCUCCAUUUUCAAACAACAAAUCCACUACCUGAUCAUUAACAUCUCACCCAAAAGAAAUACUAAACCCUUAUGCUCUUUUCACUCUUCUUGUACAAAAGGAUACUUCUUUUCUAUGUUCCAAACCCAACUGCCAAAAACCGUUUCUUGAACCAAAUUUGUCCAAAACCAGAAAAAACCCGAUAUGACGGAGACAUUGCCUGUUGGGAGGUUUCAGUUACAACAACAAAGGGUCGAACUUAAGAGAUGUUUUCUGGCAUUCCUUUCUUCACAUAAAACUCUCUUUACCGUGCUCUGGAUCACGGCUUUCGUUUCGGUUUUUUUGUGGCAACGGAAUAUUGUUGGGGCUAGGUUCUCGAUAUUCGCCAAAUCUGGGCCGGGUCGGCCUGUGCCGAAGACACGGUCUUUCGUGUUUAAUUUGACUGAUUUUGGUGGGGUCGGGGAUGGUGUCACGGUUAACACAGCGGCGUUUGAGAGGGCUAUAUUGGCGAUCUCGAAGCUUGAGAAGAGCGAUGUUGCGCAGCUCAAUGUGCCGCCUGGUAAGUGGCUUACGGCGCCGUUUAAUCUCACGAGUCAUAUGACUCUGUUUCUAGCUGAGGGUGCUGAGAUUCUUGGACUUGAGGACGAGAAGCAAUGGCCAUUAAUGCCUCCGUUGCCUUCAUAUGGGUACGGAAGAGAGCAUCAUGGACCUCGGUAUGGGAGUUUAAUUCACGGCCAAAACCUCAAAAAUGUUGUCAUAACUGGGCAUAAUGGUACCAUAAAUGGACAGGGCCAAUCAUGGUGGAAGAAGUAUCGCCAAAAGCUACUCAAUCACACCAGGGGUCCACUGGUGCAGAUAAUGUGGUCAAGUGACAUUGUAAUCUCUAACAUUACCUUACGUGAUUCUCCCUUUUGGACUUUUCAUCCAUAUGAUUGCAAGAAUGUAACAGUCAGGAAUGUUACCAUCCUGGCUCCUGUAUCUGAAGCCCCAAAUACUGAUGGAAUUGAUCCUGAUUCAUGUGAGGAUGUGGUAAUCGAGGAUUGCUACAUAAGUGUUGGGGAUGAUGCAAUUGCAAUAAAGAGUGGCUGGGAUCAGUAUGGCAUAGCUUAUGGACGACCUUCAAGAAACAUUCUCAUCCGAAACCUCAUUGUUCGCUCUAUGGUCAGUGCUGGAGUAUCAAUAGGCAGUGAGAUGUCUGGUGGUGUAUCUAAUGUCACCGUGGAGAGUGUCCUUGUCUGGAGUUCUAGGCGUGCAGUUCGAAUCAAGACUGCUGCUGGAAGAGGUGGAUAUGUUAAACAUAUAACCUACCGAAAUUUGACAUUCAAUGAUGCCCGAGUUGGAAUUGUCAUCAAGACGGACUACAAUGAGCAUCCUGACAAUGAUUUCGACCCAAAGGCCCUCCCAACACUUGAAGACAUAAGCUUCACUGGGAUACAUGGUCAAGCAGUCCGUGUUCCUGUUCGUAUACAUGGUAGUGAAGAUAUUCCUGUCAGAAACGUGACGUUUAGGGAUAUGUCCGUGGGGUUAUCAUAUAAGAAGAAGCAUGUAUUCCAGUGUGCGUUUGUUCAAGGCCGCGUAAUAGGUACCAUAUUCCCUGCUCCUUGUGAAAACCUUGAUAGAUAUGAUGAAGAAGAAAGACUAGUUAAGCGAUCUGCAUCCCAGAAUGUAACAGAUAUAGAUUAUAACGUAUGAGGAGAUGGCAGGUCACAGUCUGCCGGCCAUUCUUUCUAGGAUCAUAUUCAAAGGCUUAAAACUGUAUUUCUGUCUGCGUGAGUUAAUUUUGGAAAAACAAGAUCGGAGCAGUGGGGCAUUUUUAUUUCCUUUCACGCCCUUUUUGGCUCCACUUCUGUAACCUGUUUGAUUCAUGGAGUUGUGUACAGAAAAUCUGUCGUUCGGUAACAGAAAAUUGUCUCAUUUUUUAAUAAUUAAUUCAUAUAUAAAUACAAAACAAUGUAAUUUAAUAAUCAAAUAAAAAAAAUUCAC